CUCUGCCCCUCCUGGCUUCUGAGUGUGGCAGAUGGCCUGGUGCAGGGCCGUGCUCCCACUACUGCUCAUCGCAGCCUCCAGCUUGCGUGCCGGUGAGGCCUUCAAAUGCUUCACAUGUGAGCAGCCCACACCCAUUUCUUUGUGCAAGAACAUUUCUUACUGCAAGCCAGAUGCCACGGCCUGCAAGACCACGGUGGUGCAGAUGGAGUCAGAGUACCCCUUCAACCAGAGCCCUGUGGUGACCUGCUCCUGCACCAGCUCCUGCAUAGCCACCGACCCCGACAGCAUGGGGACCACCCACCCCGUCUACUGCUGCUUCCAUGACCUGUGCAACUCCGUGCAGGCCAGCAGGCUGGGUGCCGGGGCCCUGGCCCCGCUGGGAGCCACACUCCUCGGCCGCCUCCUUCCCUGAAGGGCCCGGCCCCACCGGAGAUCAUCUCUACGUAGCCACGUGCUUCCAUGAGCUCCCUGAGCCUCAGGUUAAUCACGGGGCCCAAGGGCCGAGAACCUUGACAGGGGCACUCUCUGUCUCCCACACUUACAGAGAAUAAAUAAAGCCGAGGCAGAGGCGACCUCCUUCCUUCCUGGGUGCCAAGAGCCCACGGAGCCAGCCUUCAGGAGUGCCGGGCUGAGCCAGGCCCAUUCGGGACACCUGACCCCCCUUCUCACCUAGGGCCGUUCAUACUCAUUUCACAGAAGGGGAAACAGAGGUUCCAGGAGAGAAAUGCAUCCCGGGCCGGGCUUCCUGCAAACCAGUCCCGCGCCACCUCAGAGCAGGACCAGUUCCUUAGCCUAAGGGAAGU